UGUGCAAUUUAAAUAAAUUUUAAGAUGUUUUAAUAUAAGGUAAUCAUUCUUAGCCUGAAGCAUGAAAUGAAAAUUGUGAUAAUUAGUUAUCAUGAGCUAAACUUAGGUGCUGUAGUGGAGAACCACUCGAGUUAGUCCUGUCAGGACCUACAGUGAUGACUAGUCUGAUUAUAGAAACCCCUGAAGCGGUUGGAGGAGAGCAAGAAGAUGUGUUCUGGUUGCUCAGUGUUGGGCCACAUUGUGGAAAUCUGACUAACAAAUGGACCGGUGGUGAAUGCUAUUUGAAUAAGAUAUGAUGGAGAUCAGACAAGAACUACCCUGGAUGUAAUUACACAAUUGAACCAGUAGGGAGCACACUUUUCAUACCAUCUCAGUGUAGUCCAUGCUCCUGUAUGUUGCAGCCUUUUAUAGUGAAGGGUCAAGGAAACAGUUCUUUUUAUACACAAUACAUGGCACUGCAUUAGCAUUAAGUGUAUGCUAUUGAGGAGACGAGUGCAGCAUAUCACCAGCCUAUGAAAUUCACUGUAUACAUAAUCUACUCUACACAUGAAAAUCCAAGGGCAAGUGUAGCCUGUAUUAAUAAUAGGUUCAGUAACUAUUAUGCCAUUUUUGCAUCACAUAAUGAAUUCCCUGACAACAUAAAAUUAUAUGCGUUUUUAAAAAGGAGAAAUUUAGACUUAGUCACUCAUAGUAAAACAAUGUCAAAAACACUUAUCUAAACAAGGUUUACUAAGGUUUUUCAAUGGUUUUCGAUUAUUCUUUGUUCGGCCCAGAAAUGAUGACACUAGAAACAUCAAGAGAGAGAGAGCCAUUAACUCAUUGAAUUAUUUAACAGUAUUAUGAAUAAAUAUGAGUGUGAAGAUUACUCCUAGGUAAUAUGAAAAUGGUAUUCUCGCCCCAUGCAUACUCUACCCGAGACGCGUGCGUAAUUAGUCCAUAUUGUAUCAGUCUGGUAAAACACUCAGCUCACACACACAUGCACCCUCACGGGCACAUAACGUGAUUGUAUGUUUUAAGUUCGCCUGGUCUCUCUCUGUGUAUAUUAUUAAUGUAACGACUAUGACUGGUUGUAGUGGUGGUUGUACUCCCUUUUUAUAGAAUAAAAUAUUAUUGAAACAUCUUAGCGAAUGUCCAUUCAUUAAAUGACAUGCUUUAACACAUCUGCUAACUUGUCUUGCUGAACCCCUGCCUGGAAUAAUUUGGAGAUGUGGGUUUGGCAUGAUCCAGCAUCUCUAGUUGAAAGAUGAGAACAACUUCGAAGGUGGGCAGGACAGGGCAGGUAUGGGGAUUUAUAGGGAGAGGGAGUUGCUUUUGCUGCAAACGGUUUUCCCGAAACCUUUGCUCUCGGGUCCCGCGCCAGGAGUUCGGCAUUGUGGCCCGGUCUACUAUCCGCUUGUUCUUGGAAACAGCGUCAGAGAGCAGCUGAGAGAGGCUUAACAUUUCAAACGUCUGGCGGUAGGCUGCAAAGUUUCCACCCUGAAAACACCGUCAUGUAGCAGCAGCGGCUGCAGGCUGAAGCAGGACACCACACCUCACGGCUUGGUGUUCAAUAGGAGUUAGUUUGCUGUAAAGUUUGUGGCGCACAGUCGUUUUAGUCUCUGUCCGAUGGAAGCUGAUUUAUUUCGUAUAAGAGAACCUGUUGCAGUCUGUGCGUGUUAUGUUGCAGGUGCAGCAGUGCUGGAAUUCAAUUUCUUAAUUCGUAAUUGUAUUCCUGUGUUUCAAAUGCGACGUUAUACAACAUAACCGUUAAAAUCUAUCAGCUCUAUCAGCUUUUGAAUAACAUUUUGACAGAUAAUGAAUUAAUAUUUUAGAUUUAGAGUUAGAUUGAUUCUACUUUAAUGAGAAACCAUCAUAAUCAUGUUUGACUAGUUGUAUCUUGAGUUAAAAUCCUUGUGCGUAAAAGUCUGCUCAGCAUAGUGCAUCACGGUGAAAACGUGAGAUUCCGGUCCUCUUAGUCAUAGAUGUCCUCUCAGCUGGUAGGAGGCCUGCAGCUGGAGACCACAGCAAAACUUGAUGUACUAAAAUCCGAAGAAGUUGUUGACGUGACAAGUCCUGACGGAUGUGCAGGGCAGCGGGGCUGCCGCGGGGACAGAGGAGCAAAUAAACCUUCCCCGUCUUCAGAGCACCAUCAGCAGAAACCACGCAAGAUGACCCGGAGCCCCAAAUGCGCCCGCUGUCGCAACCACGGCGUCGUUUCGUGUUUGAAAGGCCACAAACGCUUCUGCCGCUGGAGGGACUGUCGCUGUGCCUGCUGCCUGCUGGUGGUGGAGCGGCAGCGCGUCAUGGCAGCUCAGGUCGCACUGAGGCGGCAGCAAGCUGCGGAGGUGAGGAGAGCACAAGGGCAGGGUAAGAGGGGGGUCAGGUGUGCUGCUCCGUUGCGGAGGACAGCCUAUCAGCGUUACACCAGAGCAGCCGAGCCAAGCAUCCUUGCUAAGAGCAUCCUGCAGGGGCUCAAACCAGUAGUGCCGCUGGAGGAUGACACCUCCUGCUGGUCAAAGCAGACACAGCGCGACCAAACACACUUCACAUGUCCCUCCAUCAGCGCCCGGAUGAGGAAGAGGCGAGCCUUUGCAGACAAGGAGUUGGAGAAUGUGAUGCUGGAGCGGGAGCUAAGACAGAGAGAGCUGCAAGACCUUUCCUUCACCUCCUCUGGCCUCGUCCCUGUGCUUCACCCUCCGCCCCUGCCUGUCUCCCCAAGCCUUCACUGCUGUCUUCUCAACAAGGACCACACUACUGCAGGCGCCUCCAGUUAUGUGCCUGUGUAUAAGUAUAAGCCUUUGUAUGAGUGUGAUUUCCAGUUCUAUCAGUUUUUCCACCUAAAGAGCAAAACCUCUGCAGAAGGUGACUAUAAUGACUUUUUAUGCCAAAGCGCAGAGCAAAAAAGGGAGGAUGAGGAGGUGCAGAACAGCUGGAAUAGCUGUGAGAAGAAAGACCAACCAGAGCUGAUACAUCUAUCAUCACAACAAAGACUCAAACAUCAUGGCAGCAUCUUCUCAGGUCUAGAUCUUGUCAAAUCCCCUUCAGAACUCAGAGAAAUAAUGGACUCAAAUGGCUCUUCAACUGUCACACACUCUAUUUCUGGAUCAGAUCAGGGUAUCCUGGGCAGGCCAGACGUCAGUGCACCCAGCAGGACUUUUGAUCCCAGAAUCCUGACAGCUAAGGGCUCGUGCACAGACACUCCUGCCGACCAGGCAGGCGCUCACGCUGACUCUGUCAAGAGCCCUCGUGGCAGCUCAGUCAGGACUCCAGCUGUGAGGCCAUUACCUUUCUCUGUAGAGGCUUUGCUGAGGGCCUGACCGGCAAAUGGAAAGCGGUGUAGUGCACUUUGUUUAUGUGCGGACUAAGAAUUAAUGUUGAGUGAAUAAAUAUAGAAAUGGCUAUAGGUGUAUUACAGGUUUUGAAACACAAGGGCUGGUUGUUAUAAAGUGGCAAUAGGUGAAAUAUUUAUGAAAAAAACAUGAAUUACAGUUUUUGUAUUUUUAUUAUUUUUCAUUAAUAUGUAUUUAGCUAUAUUUUAACUGUAUUUAAAAAUAUAUCAAUGAAACAUAGAUAUGUACUUGAUAAUUAUAUUUUCAUUUGUAUGUAUACAUUGUGCAUAUUUUGUACAAAUAUACACUUUAGAAAUGUAAUCCUGUUUCCUUUGUCAACAAGGCGAUGAAAAUGUACUGAACCGCUUUGACCCAUUCACAUUAAUCUUAUUUUAUUCUCUUUUCCUGAAGAAGAAAUAUACAGUACAUCCAUAAAACAAAGUUGAUGAAAAAAUCCAAA